AUGGGUAAUAAAUGCAUAAAAAACAAAGAAAAUCAAUUCUUAAUAUUAAAGGGAGGAUAUCCCUUGAUGAUUCCUUAAAAAUAACAUUCACUUGAAUAAUUUACAUACGAUAUGAAACUUAAUUUGGAUUCUUUUGAAGAUGAGUUUUUUUAAAAAGAAUACAUUAUCAACUCUCCUGUUUAAGAUGAUAUAUUAAAAACUCAACAAGAGGAUUCAAUAGAUUUUGUUGUAGAAUCUCCAACAUUUCGAAACUAGAAUCUAAAGAAUUAUUUAGUUUAAAGAAAUAACUCAGCCCCUGUAUAAAAAACCAAAAAACGUCCAUAUGUCAGUAUGAAUAAAAGUAAAUACAUUGUUUAUGAAAUUCCUGAACAUUCAAAUCAAAAGAAAAUAAAACCAACUAGCAGAUCAUUAUCAAGAAAUAAAUAACUUCGUUCCAUUCAAAAAGUUGAAGGACAUAAACCUAGGAAACAAAAUUCAAAUAUAUCUAAUAAUGUCAUUAAACAAUUAGUUUCGUAAUCAAAAACUUAAUAAUGUAUUGAUGGAUACCUUUAAAAAAAGAUUAACUCUUGGAAAUUUAAUGAUUCCGUAAAAAUUCUAUUCUGA